AUGGAUCUGAAAGGACGGGACAAGACAGGAGGGGUGGAGGGGAUGCAUAAGAAGGGGCAGAUGGUGCCCUUGGGUGCAUGGUGGCUGACGGGAGUUUUUACAGAGGUUAGUGUGGGUGGCUGUCUGUCAUCAGAGCUGUCUUUCUUGAUAGAGCCAAGUGAUGUGAUUGCAGUGAGGGACCGUCCACUUAUGCUGGAUUGUCGAGUGCAGGGCGAGGAACCGAUCAUGGUCACUUGGCGCAAAAACGGGGUGCCUCUACCCACCAGCCCGCGGGUUCGGGUGCUGGCGAAUGGCACGCUGUUCAUCCAGAGCUUCCAGAAACGCAGAGAGGGGAGUGACGCGGAUAUGGGCGAAUACGACUGCGCCGCCCAAAAUCGCUAUGGCAUGCUGGUCAGCCGCAAGGCCAAAGUCCUGUUGGCAUCUCUUCCGAAGUUCCACACCCAUCCACUGUCCAUGUCGGUGGAUGAGGGAGGUGUAGCCCGCUUCCAGUGUCAGAUCAAUGGAGUACCUGAGGCCAACAUCACCUGGGAGAGAGACAGAGUAUCACUAAACACCAUAGACAACAGAUACACUCUCCUGCCGAUGGGUAUUCUCCAGGUGACCGGCGUGAGGCAGUCAGAUGCCGGGGUUUUCCGUUGUGUCGCCACCAACAUCGCCAAUACUCGUUACAGCCACGAGGCCAUGCUCAACAUCACUGGUGGAGCUCCCAGAAUCUACAAGGAGCCAGUGAUCCUGUCAGGACCCCAAAAUCUGACCAUCACUGUCCACCAGACAGCCAUCUUGGAGUGCAUUGCCACAGGAAACCCAAGGCCCAUUGUUUCCUGGAGCAGGCUAGACGGACGCUCCAUCGGGGUGGAGGGGAUCCAGGUGUUGGGCACAGGGAACCUGAUGAUCUCAGAUGUUUCCCUCCAGCACUCCGGUGUGUAUGUGUGCGCUGCCAAUCGGCCCGGCACCAGAAUGAGACGUACUGCGCUCGGACGACUCGUGGUACAAGCUCCUCCUGAGUUCCUGCAGUGGCCGCAGUCUGUGUCCAAACCCGCAGGGGGCAGUGCUGUGUUCACCUGUGUGGCCCAGGGCGUCCCUGAGCCUCACCUCAUCUGGCUGAAGAACGGCAAGGUCCUGAGUCCUGGACACAACGUCAAGCUGACCAACAACAACAGCACUCUGGCUCUGACCCGCAUCAGCUCAGACGAUGAGGCCAUCUACCAGUGCAUCGCAGAGAACAGUGCCGGCACCAACCAAGCCAGUGCCCGCCUGGCUGUGGCCCAGGCUAAAGACCUACCCGCCGCCCCUGAGGGCCUCAAAGCCAGCGUGCUCUCCACCAACGCCCUGCAGAUCACAUGGAGCCAGCCACCUGCCGAAGUCACUGAAAGCAUCAUCGGAUAUGUCCUUCACAUACGCAAGAUAGGAGAGCCCGACAGUCUAGAGCUGCAGGAAGCCAUCAGUAAAGGGACCUUUCAGCAUGAUGUGACCAACCUGGAACCAGCCACCACCUACUCCCUCUACCUGAAGGCCUACUCUCCUCUGGGAGCCAGCCAGCAGUCCCACACUGUGGUGGCCACAACACUAGGGGGCGUACCCACUGCUCCCACCUUCUUCACCAAGGUGGUGAACUCCAGCGCCGUGCAGGUCCUCUGGGAGCUCCCUAGUAAGGCUGGCAAGGCCGAGGGCUUCAGGCUGUCCUACCGCAGGGUCCCCCACGCUGACUUCCAGACGCCAAUCCAGCUGCCCUGUUAUAUCAAUGCCCACACCAUUGCCAAUCUGGAACCGGGUGCCGUGUAUGAAGUCAAACUGGUGGCCUACAAUGGAAAUGGGGAGAGUGACUGCUCCAAGAGACUGGUGUCGCUUGCAGAGGAAGGCACAAGUGACAAAACCACUGGAGGAGACAGUCUGUGUCAGUGCAGGGAUGGAGAGGCCUCGCUUGGCAGCAUUGUUAUUGGCAUCCAUAUUGGCACCGCCUGUAUCAUCUUCUGUGUUCUCUUCCUCAUGUUUGGAUACCGUCGCAGUCUGUUUUGCAGUAAAGGGACUCAGGACAGCUGGUCUGUACCGAGGGACAACACAGGACACAACGGCAUCCCUAAAGAUGGCACAAACCGGCCUAGAGUGGAGCCAGUACCUCAGGUGGUUUGUCCAGCACAGUACCAGGUCGUCAUUGAGCAGCACUUGUCAGGUUUGCCUGGCACGGACACCGGCUAAGAGUGGUCAAUAAUAUCAAUACCCAGAUCCCUUUCCUCCCCUCCAAUAGUCUACUCUCUUAGAAAACCCUAGCCUCCCAUCAAUGAGCACCUUCUGUGCUCUUUGAUAGGGGUCAGUCAUAGGUUUCUUCUCCCUCCAAAAUGCUGCUAAAAACCUAAAAGUAGCCUCAAUAAAACUGUGACAGAGAGCGUAUAGAACUAGGAAAUAUCCUGGUACUUUGCCACCCCACCCCUAUCCUUUACCUCUACCUCAAACCAAAGCUUAUUGCCUUUAUUGCCUGUGCAUGUGCACAUGUGCAUGUAGAAAAAGCCUUCAGAGAGCAUUGCCACUCCAGAUAAGAUCCUGUCACAGUCUUUUUGUGUGUACACCACAAAAACUCAUGUCAAUUUUACCAGUGGGAGUCUGUUCCAUAACCAAAAUAUAUUAUAUUCCUCAGACGUCCUCUGGUAAGCUGACAUGUUAAGAUGUGUGCUGUGGUGUUAAUACCCCAAAUUAAGCCAUUACUAGUCUGUUGUGACAGAACUCUUGACUUUGCCUUCAGCUCCUCUGCAAUAAGAAAGGGAAGAAACAUAGUGGCCUUUGUGAACGCCUUAUGAAGGGGAAAGUUGGAUUAGCAAUGAUUGUCUAUCACCAUAUGAGCCAUUUAGAGGAACAGGCACUCUUUACUCAACUCUUCCUCAACCAAAAGCUGCAUACCUCCAAAGAAAGCUACCUCAGUUUGUCAAGGAUGUCUGAGCCAUACCUGAGGCCAAUUUAGCCUAAUUAUGCAGCUUGUGCUAGCCUACCUCAACCAAAAAAACCCAGUGAAACCCUUUCCCUUCAGCAAUUACUUUCUUGACCAGUGCCAGUGUACCGUGCCAGUCGCCAACCAGGACAGUCCAAAGAGUGCUCACCAGGAUGACCACCAGGGAGAGCGUAACUGUGGCAGAACCUGGACUCUACUGCUACAAGCCUAAACCUUACUGUACCGGACAACAACAAGAGCUUUAAGAACCUCAUGUUCAAGCCAGAUCACCUUGUUUCCAUCAACAUGUCCACUUUUGGUGGAAAUCUUCAACUUUUCCAAUCUGAUGUUGGAAGACAUCGGGGGGGUAUUUCCUAUUGCCUCCUUGAUUGUAUUUGUUCCAUUAUGUGGCUAUCCAUGGCUUUAAAAUACCCACAAGUUUCCAUCUCCAAAGACAUAUUAGUGCAGAAGAUGUGGCUCAUGGAAAAUAUGGACCUCAAAGAAUGCUUCCUGAACCUUUUAAGCCAUGCAUUCGAACUUUUCUCUGAAGUCCAUCAAAGAAAACAACAUCAAACUCACAGGAUGCUUGUUUGUUCUGCACAAACUUGAUACCAUACUGAUGAUAAGCCAAAAAAAAAAAAA